UUUCUCGUCCAGUUCUUUUACCAAGAGAAAUCGCGAGUAUCGUGGAAGAGAGCUCGUUGCACCCCUUACCGUUAAUUCGACGUCGUUCUAUUAUUAUGCUAUUCAUAUCAUUUUGCUGAGAUUGAGAUUUUUGCUCAAUUCUCGAGUGAAUAAAUGCGCUCCGCUAACUUGUGUAUAAUAAUACGUAGCGACAUCUGCACAGUAUCGUUCAUCUCGUGUCGUGACGUUCGUAAAUGGCUACUGAGGAAAAAUGGUAUUUUACCAAAGAACACCUGAAUAAUUCGCCAUCCAGGCAAUGUGGAAUCGACGCAUACAAAGAGUUGUACUAUAGACAACAGGCUGCCAAUUUCAUACAGGACAUGGGCCAAAGGCUUAGAGUAUCACAAUUAUGUAUAAAUACGGCGACUGUGUAUAUGCAUCGUUUCUACGUGUUCCACUCUUUUACCCAAUUCCCAUGGCAUUCGAUGGCGGCGGCUGCAAUCUUCCUUUCAGCGAAGGUGGAAGAGCAGCCCCGAAAGUUGGAACAUGUCAUCAGGGUACACAAUCUGUGCAAGAAUCCCCGAGAGGCGCAGUUUGACGUUACUUCCGAGAGAUACCAGCAACAAUCGCAAGAUUUGGUUUUCAACGAAAACGUCCUGCUGCAAACUCUGGGGUUUGAUGUUGCCAUAGACCAUCCUCAUGCGCACGUGGUGCGCUGUUGUCAUCUAGUAAAAGCGUGUAAAGACCUGGCACAGACGUCUUAUUUUAUGGCAAGCACUAGUUUGCACGUGACUACGAUGUGUCUGCAAUUUAAGCCGACCGUAGUGGCAUGCUUCUGCAUACACUUAGCGUGUAAGUGGUCCAAUUGGGAAAUUCCAUUGUCCAACGAAAAGAAGGAAUGGUUUUCUUACGUAGAUUCGACUGUAACUGCUGAAUUGCUUCAGCUCCUUACCGACGAAUUCCUCGUAAUUUUUGAACGCUGCCCUUCGCGUUUAAAGGAGAAGAUAAUGGCAUUCGGCGAAGGGAAUAGUAUGUCCCGUAAUAAUCACGCCUCGCCUUUGGUAAGUGCUAAUAAACCCAAUAUGCCCAAUUUUUUGGUCAAUAAAUUCUUGGGUUCAAACCAGGAUGCGGAGCGGAAAUUGCACGCAGCUGCGGACGGCAAAGAUCCGCACCACAGAAAUCACCAUGAUAAAUCAGGUGCUGAAGAUCCAUAUAAACAUAGAUCUAGACCGCAUGAAGGCAGUUCAAGUAGCCAGCAACAAAGAGAAAGAGAAUAUAGAGAGAAAAAAGACAGAGAACGAAUGGCCCAUUCGAGCGGCAAAUUGCCAGGUCCUUCUAAUUCGUUAAGCUCGUCUGGACAGUUAUCUGCAUCAACGUCCUCCUCGUCGACGUCAGGCUCGGCGACGAAAGUCACUGGUGUGCCGUAUAGCGCAAGCAGUCACCACAGACCAUCGUCAGUGGAUCCGAAGUUGAAGCCGCACUCGAGACACCCACAAUCCAUGACACACAUGCGGCCCGAAGCUGCGGCAGUUCGCGAUCCGACGCGAAUAAACAAUAGUGAAACAAACUUAGACAUGAAGAAAGAGAAGGACAUGCUAGUGCGUAGUAGUGAAAAUGUUGAUAAACGCGCGUACUCUAUGAAACCUGUGACUGAUAUGAACAAUUCACAAUCCUCAAGCGAAAUCGCUAAUUACUCAAGUGAUAAAAGACAAGACUCCUCGAGAUCUAGACAAAGUUCCUCAUCAGAUAUAAAGUUGCACCAACCCCCCAGCCGACGACAUGAAGAUGCGAAGUCCGUGCAUCUAAAGCCCGAAGACCCUAAGAAACAAAUGGCUUCCGGUUGGUAUGAUAACAAAGCCAUGUACGAUAACAAGAACAAUAUCCACAUGAAACAACCAAUGACUAAUUCUACCUCGCAAAAAACUAAAUCGCCUUUCGCUCCUGACAACACAUCGAAAUCCGUCCCCAAAAGUAGUAGUAAUAAGUCCGAACCCCACAAUGGCAAUAGCAAUGGAGGCUACGGAAUGCACUUGCUAGAUGAUACACUCAAAGACGAGUCUCCGCAGUAUCAAGCGCCGCCGCUCGCCAAGAAGCCGAGCAUGUUCUCGCCCGAGAAGACGCCCCCAAGAAAAACUCAACCUCCCAACUCAUCGAACAAACGCUUGUCGGAUACAAUUCAUCUGCCUGCCCCGAUUUCUCCGCUGGAUAGUAGUUCAUCGAAGCGAAGUCGAACUGCGAGCAGUAGCAGCUCCGACCCAGAGCAAAAGUUGGCAAUUAAGAAGAUCGAACAGCAGGCGGAAGGUUUCGAGAACAUUCUGCGUGAAUCCACCAUCAAGGAGAGCAAUAAUGUUGACGAUGGUCACUCCAUUCAGCCAUACACAAUCUUAAAAGAAAUGAAGGCCCCGGAUCUGCUGGCCCCGUUUAGCUCUAGUUCCUCUGUGCCUCUGUCUCAGCCCAUCGUUAAUGGGAUUGAAACGAAUCCGACACUCAUUAGCAAUCUGCUGAAAGAAGCACCGACAGUGCCUCAUCUACCAGCUAUUACUAAUACGAUAGCCGCCGCUGUCUCCGAGGAGCAGUCCGCCACAGCCGUCGUCCCGGAAGUGGUGAAGGACAAAGAGCACCACCACAAAGAUAGAAAGAAGAAGAACAAGGAGAAGCACAAGCACAAAGAUAAGAGCAAAGACGAGAAGGAGAAGAAGAAAAAACAUAAGGAUAAGCACAGGAAUAAGGAUAAAAUUGAAGAGACUGUUCAACCAAUUAAGAUUACGUUAUCAAAGAUCCAGCCGCCGGAGGCGUCCUCUAUGCACACCUCCAAUUCGAUCGCACCACCUCCCAAGACCGGUGGAUUGAAAAUAACGAUUUCGAAAGAUCGAAUCAAAAGUGACAUGAUUGGCGAAUUGUCGCAGGGAAAUAAGAUAUCGAAAGACAUCACCAAAGGGCCGCACGGGGAGGGUUUGGUGCCUAGUAAAAAACGUGAGCGUGACCACAGCUCACCGAUAGACACGCCGCCGGUGAAGAAAUCGAAUUAUAACAAACCCCAUCACGGCGACAAGCAAAACGGCCGCAGUUCCUAUAACAAGGUAAGCAACUACUCAAAUAACUCCCGCUCCCAUUUUAAUAACAACGUGUCUAACAACACGUUCGGUAACGGCCCGCCUCCGCCAGCGAUGUCACAGAACUUUUAUUAUAAUUAUCCACCUCCAAACAUGGCGCAACCCCCGCCGCACGCCAUGCAUACUAUGGGCAUGCCGCCCCCAUUUUUGACCUACGACCCCAACGUGUACUACUCGCAGUAUGCAAUGUACUCGCAUGGCAUGUAUCCAGCCAAUCAGCAUUUAGUGCCCGCCAGCGCGCCGCCCCCAUUACCGGACGAUGCACCACCGGAUCACCGACCACCACCACCUCCAGAAUAAAUUCACAAGAAUUAGUCUCUUCUCAGAUGGCGCCAAUAUACAAUCAAUUUAACGUAAUCUUUAAACAAAAUGAACUCGUUAAUCUUUUGAACAGAGUCUCCUUGUAUAUAUUGUAAAUACUUUUUUUUUAAUCGAAUCAAUUCAUACACCUUUUAUCUCAUCAUAUGGUAUGUCUUGGAAUUAUAUUUUAUUUGAGUCUAUAUAUAUAUAUAUAUCAAAAGUUAACAAUUAAAAAAUUAU